AAUCUGAAUUACCAUUGGCCUCUGUCCUCUCUUGCCGAGUCGUCAUUAGCCCACCUGAGCUGCUGUGAGCCCGAUUACCUACGGCCUCCGACGGUCGCUCCCCUCAAUUAGCUCAAACCAGAAUCCGUUCACAAUGCAGAAUAUCAACUGUUCCCUGGCCAUGUUGCUUGAGCCUAGAUCACGAUAGAUGCUACUGUGUUAGACUAUAGUUGAAAGAGAAAAUAAGCAAAGUCUUAACAAAACCAGUACAGAAAUAUACUAGGUACUAGAUAGAUAAUAAAUAAGAGAGAAGAGGGGAGAAGGGGAAGAACACGAUGCCACCCGUUUUCCCGCCCGUCCGGGCCUGUCUAUUCGACAUGGACGGUCUCCUGAUCAACACAGAAGACAUGUACACCAAAUGCGCAAACAUAGUACUAGAGAAAUACGGCCGUCCACCGCUCCCAUGGUCCAUCAAGGCGCAGAUGAUGGGGAUACCGGGCUCGAGCAACGGCGACACAUUCCACAACUGGGCACAGCUGCCCAUCUCACGAGGACAGUUCAAGCAAGAACAGAGCGAGCAACAGCGCCUCCAUUUCCCCCAGUGCGAACCCCUGCCCGGCGUCGAGAAGCUCAUGGCCGAUCUGCAGACGGCGAAGAACGCCGACGGAUACCCCGUGCAGAUAGCCCUCGCGACGAGUAGCAUGCGAGAGACCUACGAGCUGAAAAUGAAAAUGCCUGCUACGAAGGCCCUGAUCGAGCGCAUCCCUCCUGAGCACCGCGUGAUCGGCGGCGGCGACGAGCGCGUGAAGCGGGGGAAGCCGGCGCCUGAUGUCUUCCUACUUGCUUUACGGUGCAUCAACGAGACGCUUCCGGAGGGUGUUCCCGAGAUCACGCUGCGGGAAUGUCUGGUCUUCGAAGACAGUGUAAUCGGCGUCGAAGCCGGUCGGCGCGCGGGCAUGAGGACGCUGUGGAUCCCUCAUCCGGGACUACUCGAGGAGUAUAUCGGCAGAGAAGCCGAUGUGCUGGCCGGGCGGAUCGGGAUGGUUUCCGUUGGGGACGAGGAGCAGCUUGGUCAGCCCGGCGACGGGUGGGGAGAGCAGCUGCGUAGUCUGGAGGAUUUUCCUUACGAGAGAUAUGGCAUUGUUCCUCAAGGCAUCUAGAUUCUGGCCUUGGGAAUGGCGUUACAUGAGGCGAUGAAUAGAUAUAUGCAUGGAACUAGAAGAUUUUCACACACCCCCAAACCCAAUCUCCAACAAAUGCACCCCCGAACCCCUACUUAUCCUAAAAUAUAGCUAACACAUUCGGUGGACUCGCCACGCCUCCGGGUACAUUACACGGCUCACUGCUAACGAAGAACGACCAACGGCCCUCUUUCCGGCAUUGCUCGGCGAGCUUCUCCAGAUCGAACAGUUCGCCGAUGGGGCAGCCCCAGCCAGCGAGGAGCACCUCGUGCAGAUGGUACGACUCCUUCGAGGGCCAGCACUCGAAGGACGGCUGAUCGCCCGCGACGGCGGCGAAGUGAUCCCAGAUCCACCUCAGCACAUCCUCUGACUGCUCGACGCCGCCGAAGUGAUGCGGGACGACGGCGCGGCAGGCGGCGAGUUCGUCUUCGGUCUUGGUGGCUAGGGAUGCCAUGAAGCCUGGGUAAUCGAGUCAGCAAGGGGCAAAAUGUCUAACUUUUUUUCUUUUCUUUUUUUCAAUGGGAAUAUUAUCACGUGCAAAGAGUGGCAGGCAGGUGAAGAUAUAGGGAUUGCAUGAAGAGGUAAAUGAAAU